GAUGUCUUCAUCCCGAGAAGGUCGUGUUGAUAAGGGCAAGGGAAAGUCCAAGAGGCCAAGUCGAAAAUCCGUUAUUGAUGAGAUUUCUCAAAGGAACAUGGAUAUGUGGCAGAUUCAAGAAGAGCAAGAUAUGGUCAAUGCUAUUGCUCUCUCUCGCUCUCAAUUCCAAGGCGGGCGUGGAUAUGGUGGUGGCGAUGCUUAUGUUGGUACUGGUAGUGGUGCUCCUGGUCCCGGUGCCUAUUCUCAACAAAUUCCAACACCGGUGAAUCUUGAUGACGACAAUGAUGAUGUUGACGAGGAGAAGGAGGAGGAGGAGGAGGAAGAAGAGGCGGAAGAGGAACGACAACAAGAAAUGCCACCCCCACCACCACCAAGGACAAGGAGUCGUCGUGGUCGUGAUUUGCUGUGA